UGCGCCGCCCGCCCACCCUGCACAGUCGCCACUUUUUCCCCUCUCCCUUAGCAUACAUACUUUGGCUCGCCCACCUCUCUUCGUCUCCUGCUUUUCCAAUUGCUCCUCACAGUCGAAGUCGUUGCUAGACGUACCCCUCGAACUGUCCCACAGCCCAUCAACUCAACCUGGUUGUCGUUGCCCACGCUCGGAUCCUGGUUGAAGCUUACCCCACCCACUGCCGCCAUACCACCACCGUCUGCCUGCUGCACACUACAACUGCCAUCAUCACUGCCAGUCCUCACCACCUACUCUGGACCUCACCAUGCCUGCUGAGCGUCGAACUUUCACCGCCGCCCGCCCGGUCAAGACGGAGCGGACCCACGAGGAGAACCAGGAGCGCGCUUACAUUGCCGCCUCGCGCCGCAGCGAUCGCAGCCUGGAGGCUCGCAUCGAGUCUGCGCGUAGAGCUUCUGAGAUUCACAAGAAGCGCACAGGCCGUGCACUGCGUGUUACUGAGCAGGAUGUCAUCAAUGAAGAAAUGUAUGAAGAAGAAGACGAUGACUUACCCACCCAGUACCAGCGCCUCAACGCGCACCUGCACACCACGUCGGUCAUGUUUAACAAGAAGCUCCAUGACUACAUUGCAACCCAGCACGGCGUGCGAAACAUGUUCAUGUCGCAGUACCAGAACCAGAGCCCCACUUUUCCUCAGUUUGGGGCUCAGUUCCCAUCCACCGCCGGCGCUUUUCCACACGCAAACAAUUGGCUGAGCCCCACCAUGCUGCCACCCCAGCAAUUCGCUCCUUCCUCCCCCCAAGGCUUUCAGCAGACUCAGUCCUUCAGCCCCACUACCACUCAGCCCCAACAGGGUUAUCGGCAGUCCCCCUAUCAUGUCCCUCAACGGACCCAGUCGCACCAGCGUGCCCUUUCGAUUCAGCUUCCCCAGGCCUCCUCGCAGUUUGAUCACUCAGCUCAGCCACCGAGCGCAACCGCCACAACUCCACAGACUGAUGUCAACCGAAGCAUGUCUCUGCCUCCUCAAGCUUUCCAGAACCAGAAUCAGUCUGCCGAGCAAUCCUCCCAACCAUCGCUGACGCACUCGCCUGCUACUCAGUCAUCUUCUCCCGCUGAUGGCUCCGUCGCCGACGCCCAGCAGCCGUCCAGCGACUCUACCAGUCCUUCUUCGUACCCCUUCAGCUCAGCAAGCUACCCUUUUAAUUCCCAGGUCUUUGGCACCAAUCCUUUAACUUUAUCCAUGCCGCCCGAGUCGCAGCAGUUCCUCGGAUCAUUCCUUGACCCCAACGAUGCACGCACCGCUACGCUUAUGGCUGGCAGUGAGAACCUGCCUCAGCCCUUUGCUCCCACCUACACCUACAAUCCUAACAAGGUGACGCGAACAUCUAAUGCUGUCAACGUUUCCGAGAGCGUUCCCGGUUCCACUCAGACACUAUCGUCUGGCCUGAACCUCAAGGUGGAAUCUCUAUCUGACGACUCAUCGGCGCUACCCACUUCCAUUUCCGAUAGCUUCUAUUCCACUGACGGUUUCCUCACUCCCGGAAACCCCGAUUACGAAUCAUUCUUUGACUUCCAAGGUGCUGGAUAUGCUCAAGCCUUUGACGACCACUCGGCCAACGACCAAGACAACGGUAACAGUCUGGUGAAUUGGGAUGAGUAGUCGCAGCAUUCACCUGCUUUUUACCUUCUUUAGCUUGCUGCCAGACCCAAGUCGUCUUCUCAUGCCGGGCAACGCCCAUUGUUUUCCUUUACAUACUUGUUUCCUUUUCACUUUUGGAGUAGCGAUUUUGGUUUUGCAAGCAAAUGAUACCUCUUACACAGUGUCGUUACGAUGUCACGA